AUGGAGUGGAACAAAGAGAACACUGCUCUACUAAUUGAGCACUUUAAAGAAAAAAGAGAAUUGUGGGAUUCGACAAGUAUACAUUUUAAGGAUCGCCACAAAAAACAUGACGCAUGGAUGGAUUUGGCUGACAAGUUUGACACAGAAAAGAGUGUUAUCGAAAAGAAGAUGCGAAGUUUAAUUGGACAGUUUCAAAGAGAAUUAAAAAAGCUUAGAUCGGGGGCAAGAGCGGAAGAACUUACUUCAAAAUGGUUUGGAUUCGAGUUGCUAUUAUUUCUAAAGGAUAAAAACAAGGUUCGCUCUACAAAAGAGGCGGGUAUUCCAGAGGCUAAUUCACAAGAAAUCCGUGUUUCUCCAAAAAAGAAACCUCAAGAAAUCCGUGUUUCUCCAAACAAGAAAAAGAAUAAAACUUUCGAUAGUUUAGAAGCUCAGAAAGAAGCUUACGGCAUAAUGAAAGAGCUGCAUACUGAGCGCAAAUCACGAGAUGAUUUUACCGUUUUUGGGGAGCAUAUUGCUUGUAGAUUGCGCAAUUUACGGGAUCCAUAUACUAUUGCUACAGUACAAAACCAAAUUCACAACAUUAUAUUCCAAGCUGAAAUUGGUUUAUACAGCGGCGGCGCUAGUACAAGCCACAAUUCUUUUCAAAGCAGUAGUUCCGGUCCAGCAAAUUCACCACACACCGACAUAUCACAGUUUUCGGAAGAUUUUGAUGACAUUAAUAAAUAUGCAACAAUCACAGGAUAA